CCUCGACCCAAGCCCGAACCCGAACCCAUCGACCAUCAGCAUAUGCUCGUCGGUAAAGGUCCAUCCGGCGACAGUGCGGUGCAGCGCGUUUUCCAACGAGCCACACACACACACGUUCUUCUGCCGGACACGCGGUCGGAUGUAACAGAAAUCCCAUUCAAUUCCACCGGUCCUACCUACCAGGGACGAAGAACUUGCGGGGCACUUGCGGCGCUCAACGCAACCCGUGCAUCGGCAUUCGGUGUCGCGAAGCGCUCGGUUUUACCAUGACUGGGAUUCGGUCCGUCGUGUCGACGGAAAUUGCGAAAAUCCGGGCGACGAGGCAACGUCGCGGAAAAUUUUCGGUGCGAUUAGUUGAUUAAUUUUCGGUGUUUUUGGUUCGAUUGGUGACCUUUCAUAUUCGCGUGUGUGGAUUAAUAGUACCGAAUAUGGAGGCUGUUAGAGAUGGGAUUGUGUUGAUAAAAUACGAGCCCAGAAUCCGAUCGGGCACCUGGGAGGAGCAGACAUGUGAACACAGGGUGGCGCCGCCGCUCAACCACCCCCGCACCCUCCAGCACGCCGGUUCUCAGAGGAGCUCUGAGGACAGCUGGUGCUCCGGCUCCGAUCCAGAGCUGUCUUCUGACGAGGAAAGCGACCGCAGCGCCGCCUCCAGCAACAGGAGUAAUGGACAAUUCAGAAGCACGUUGAACAAAGCUCGAACGUUGUGCGAUAAAUGGCGGGGAAGUGGAGGAAUCGGCUCGAACCGGCUGUCGUUGGACAGCUCGUUGCCGGUGGACACUUCCCCGCAGAAUCACGGCAGAUUGUCGAGGUGGUUUUCGAUAAGAAGGGGCAGCAACCAUCAGUACGACAUCGAAAAUGUGGACGUUCAAAGGACGCCCACCGGCCAAAACAAAAUGCCACAAUUACCAGAAGUGGAAGAAGAAGUGGGAUUCCAUUUCUCCAGUUGCAACUCGUCGCAGAGGCGGCAGCUGCCGCCCAGCCUGCCGCCGCCGCCUCCCAAUUUGACCCCCUUACAGUUGAAGCGCAGGAUGAUAGUGUCCGCCAUCGUGCACAGCGAGAACUCCUACAUAGCCACGUUGCAGAGGCUGGUCAAUGAUUACAAAAAGCCUUUGGAGGAGAGCAAUCCGCCGGUGUUGAGCGGCUCGAAAAUCCAAACGCUGUUCCACAAAUUGCCGGAGAUACUUCAGUGCCAUACGUUGUUCCGCAUCGCCCUCGCCGAGAGCGUCCGGAAUUGGGACAGAGACGAGAAGAUCGGCGACGUUUUCGUCGCCUCGUUCUCCAAGGCCAUCGUUCUGGACAUCUACAGCGGAUUCAUAAACAACUUCUCCGUCGCCAUGGACCUGGCCAAAAUGGAGGCCAAGCGGAAAUCCGCGCUGGCCGAUUUCUUGAAGGUGAAGCAAAUCAGCUCGCACGAUCGGCUGUCGUUCUUCGGGCUCAUGGUGAAGCCGGUGCAGAGGUUCCCGCAGUUCAUCCUCUUCCUGCAGGAUCUUCUGAAGUACACCCCGCACGGCCACCACGACAGGAUGUCCCUGCAACUGGCCCUCACCCAAUUGGAGUCUCUCGCCGAGAUGUUGAACGAAAGGAAACGCGAAGCCGAGCAGUACCAGGCCUUCAAGGAGAUGCUGAGGAACAUCAGCGGAAAAUUCUCGGUGAGGCCUUUAUCCGACAGCAACCGGUACCUCCUGAGAGAAGACAACGUCACGCAACUGGACUACAGCCAGAACGGCAUGAUAACCAAAGCGAAAAGCCGCCGGCUGCUGCUGCUGAACGACCUCGUCGUCUGCGUGGCGGUCGCGUCUAAGUCAGCUGAUGAUUUCAGCAACAACGAAAGACUGAGCCUGAAAUGGACCCAUCCGGUGUCGGAUAUCGAAAUCCAGGACACCAGCGCUUCGCCCACAUUGAGCAGAUUGCUGACGUCGCCGCACCCGAAGGGCGGCAGCAUCAAAUCGAACGGGUCGUUCGACGGCACCCCGCCGCAGGAGGCGAACAAUUUGUGCGCGGAAAUGAGCAAUCUGAUGCACGACUACGAAGUCAUGAGCAGGAUAAACGAUUUGACGGGGCAAUUAAGAGGCGCUUAUAAGGACGUGAAUCUCGACAACACGCGCAAGAUCCUCCAGCAAAUCCAAGGGUCCAUACAGCAAAAGGACGAGGAGAUGGCCUGGAUGGAUUCCUGCUGUUUGCAGCUGGUCGUGCGCGUCAAGGGCAAGGAGGAGACGUUCACUUUCCAGACGGACAAUCCGAACAUCAAGAAGGAGUGGAUCACGGAACUGAGGCUGGCCCAACUGGCGCUGGAUCCGAACAAUUCGCCCGCUUGGGAAGUACCUGAACAGGAACAGAGGCCGUCGACCAAGAUGCCGCUGUUUGUGAAGUCGCAGCCGGUUUACACCUCACAGCAUCAAACCGAGGUGCGCUGUGGUUGUUACUACACUGUAACUUUACCGAAAACAGCGAAACGAAGGCACAGGACGCAGAGUUACUUGUGGGUGUGCACGACGGACGGCGCCAGCAGUCAUAUAUCCGUGCUGGCCCAGCAUCACCAGCAGGCCGGCGUUUUGAAGGAUCUGAUGACCUUUUCGUUGGUCGAAACGCAAAUUACCGCCAUGGAAUUCGUCAAAGGAGCGCCACCGCCGUGUCCCAAUCUGGCCACCGAUACCGUGUGGAUAGGAACGGACAGACACAAAUUGUUGCUCUACGCCGCCGACGAGCCGGAAAAGCAAGAAGAACUAGCCAACAUAACCGUCUCCGACGUCAUUAUGCAUAUUAAAUAUCACUGUGAUAACGUGUUCGUUGCCCUCGCCAACGGAACGCUCUGUGUAUAUAGAAAAAGUCCCAUCGAUGGUGCUUGGCUCGUCCAGGAGCCGAUAAUUUUGAAUUUAGGUACGGAUCACGUUUCUUACCUCCUUCCGAUCAAUCUCUCCCUGUACGCCGCGUGCGGCAAGAAAGUGUGGGUGUUGAACGGCGUCACCGGCGAAAUCCAGAAGAGUUUCACGAUACAACACGAGAAUUUCGGCAACGUGAAUCUCAUGGCGCACAGCGGCAUCGGCCUGUGGAUAUCGCAGAAAAACUCGAGCACCAUUUGCCUCUAUCACACCGAAACGUUCAAACAUCUCCAAGACAUCAACAUAGCCUCCAUCGUGAUGAGGAUCAACGGCUCCUUGGGACCCAGGGACUCCUUGAACAACAACCGAAGCGUCGUCCACGUCACCGCUCUAUUGGCUUGUAAAGGAUUAUUAUGGGUGGGAACUAACGUUGGUAGAGCUUUAACUAUACCACUGCCGAGGUUAGAAGGCGUGCCGAUAAUCAGCGGACGAGUCAACAUUUCCUACCACGCGCAUUUCGGAUCGAUUACAUUCCUCCUGGCACUGCAACCAAAGAUUUACUCCGCCAACAACGGAUCCUCGAACAAACCCGCCGGCAAAGAGGACGCCAAGCAGGAGCCCGAAAGCCUCGACAACAGCUUCGACAAACCCGACGACAGCCCCGGCAAACCCCGAAUGGAGAAACAGCUCUCCGACAGUUCGGUGCAGAGCGUCUCCGCCAAACUAAAAUACCUAGCCAGCAGCCCGGUGGUGCUUCGGAAGCGUCGCAGCAAAGAGAACGACCUGGCGAGGAUCUCCAAAACCCUACCGAGAGGUUUGGGCGCCGGCGCGUCCGCCUUCUCCACGUCGAGCACCUCCUCGCAGGGUUCCGGCGACACCAACAACGUCUACGGCCUCUACAGCGAGCUGAUGUACGUGAAGGACUACGAGCGCGACGAGAACAUCCUCACCGAUCCGGUGUACGAGUCGCUGAGGCGCAGCGAUCCCGAGCUGGCGGCCAUACCGAACAAGGUGAGCACGCUGGACAGGCGGCUGAAGAUGAAGGUGUCGCGGCCGCGGUCGCUGGACCUGUCCAACUGGUCGGUGGAUUCGAGAUCGUCGAGCCUGUGCACGUCGUCGGGAUCGGAGGAGAGCAUGGCGGUGCGGUUGAGCAACAUGCGCAGCGUGUCGAGGAACAAUUCGAACGCUUCGAGGCAGCUGAACGGUGUUAGUGAGGACGCGGAAAAGGAGCCGGUGGCUACCGAUAAAGAGGCCAAAACGAGGACGUUGGCCGGCGCCGGUAAGGGGAAGAGCAAGAGCAGCAGCUUCGAUAACGGCAGGAGGACUGUUAUAACGUUGAUGGGCGGUAGGGGUUACGUGAAUUACCGGCAGCCGUGCUGUCAGGCCGAUAAGUUGAAGGCCUCGAAUGCCGGUAAGGAGGUGAAUUGUAACGACGCCCACAUUGUUAUAUGGGAGUUGAAAUUGUGA